AUGGGAAAGAAGGAGAGUAGAUCCAAGAAAGGGGAUGACGGCAAGGAAUCCAAGGAAAAGAAAACGAAAAAGAGCAUAUCUAAGGAAUCCGCACUAAAUAGCAUUUUAAAGAACCUGAGUGCAGAGAUUUUGAAGAGAAGUGAAGACAAAAGCAGCGGAAGAUGGGUAAAACUUGGUUCUGAGCGGCCUUCCCCGAGAGCACACUCGUCGUUUACUAGAAUCCAAGGGGAGCUUGUCGUGAUGUUCGGGGGAGAGUUUUUUGACGGAAUUGAGGUUUCGCUGUACAACGACACCUUUCUCUACAACCUCGUAACUCACGAGUGGAUGAAGUUGGACUCGCCGUCUAACCCACUGCCAAGAUGCUCACACCAGGCACUUUAUUAUGACAAUCGCAUUUAUAUCUUCGGAGGAGAAUUUAACACGGUUGACCAGUUUCGGCAUUUUAACGACAUUUACUACCUAUGUUUGACGACGCUGAGGUGGAAUUUGCUAAAUGUGACUGGCACAGUUCCGACACCCAGGAGUGGCCACAGAAUGGCGUUGUGGAACGACUACUGGGUGCUAUUUGGAGGCUUUCACGACAAUGGAAAGGAGUGUAGCUACUAUAACGACCUCUACUAUUUCGACAUGAAGAAGUUUAAAUGGAACAAAGUUAACCAGACAAUGUUUUCGAACUCAUUGCCGGAUCCAAGAGCGGGAUGCGUGCUACUCCCACUGAACGACAGUAAACACUUGCUCAUGCACGGCGGAUUCAGUAAAAAGGACACGGGCAAAAACGUCUCAGGGACCAGUUACCAGGACACCUGGUUGAUUGACAUGAACUCAGUGUUGACGAACAACGCAAAUAUACUGGUCUGGAGCAAAGUGCAGUCCCCCAAAAAUGCAGAUUUGAGUUUCGCAACAGGAAUAUCGUAUUUGAGUGAGAAGGAUCUUGGAAUCGUAUUUGGUGGAGUAAGUGACGUUGACGAGGGACUGUCGAUGAAAUCAACUUUUACAAACAAGUGUUACAAAUUAAACCUAAAUCAGAGGAAAUACAACCCAAUUGAGAUAGGAUGCAAUGAUAUAGAUUUGGAAGAUAUCGGGGGCCUAUCAUUGUCUAAAACAGCACCAACACCAAGAAUGAACGCCAAUGUGGCUCUUUACAAUAAUGUGUUUUACGUAUACGGGGGGAUCGUUGAAAUUAAAACCGUAGAGGUGACACUGAGUGACAUGUGGGCACUGGACCUGCAAAGGGAUGAGUGGAUGUGCAUAGAUGCGGGCUUUGAAAACCAUAAAAUGUUCGCAGACAGGCUGGAGUUGGAGGAAUCCGAGGAUUCGGAAGAUGAAUUGAGCAUAGACUCAGAUGAUUCGGAAAGUUUGACUGAUUCCGAUGAAUAUGAUGAGCUGGAUGAGGAUAGCGGCUCCAAAGAUGACUCAAGCAUGGAAGAAUAA